UAUCAAGCUCAUAGCGACAACAAGUGCAGACCCCCGCUCAAGGCGCGUGAUAUUUUGCAAAAUGCCGCUGAAAAUUCAAAAUGUUCUAGUCUGCGAUGCAGUCGAUAAAUCGUGUGUAGACCUUUUACAAGAGCACGGCAUCAACGUUACGUACAAGCUUAAACUGCCAGUUGAUGAGCUCUGCAAGGAAGUAAAGAACUUUGAUGCUGCGAUUGUACGCUCAGAUACAAAAAUAACGGCGGAAGUCCUUGCAGCUGGAGCUGGCAGUCUUAAGGUUGUGGGUCGAGCUGGAGCAGGAGUAGACAAUAUCGAUGUGACUGCAGCGACUUCGCACAAUGUCGUGGUCCUUAACACUCCGGGUGGCAAUUCUAUUUCGGCUUGUGAACUGACGUGCAUCCUAAUUGGCGCUCUCGCGCGCCCCGUUGUGCCUGCCGGUCAGAGCAUGAAGGAAGGUCGCUGGGACAGGAAAUUGUAUAGUGGCAGCGAACUCUAUGGAAAAACUCUGGCGGUGCUUGGACUGGGACGCAUCGGACGUGAAGUGGGCAUUCGUAUGAAGACCUGGGGCAUGAGGGUUAUUGGCUAUGAUCCCAUCACCACGGAGGCCGAGGCUAAGGCGGCGGGUAUUGAAAAGAUGACCUUAGAACAGAUUUGGCCGCUGGCCGAUUAUAUUACUGUGCACACUCCUCUGAUACCAGCUACCAGAAAUCUCAUCUCCACGGAAACGCUUUCGAAGUGCAAACAUGGUGUCAAAGUUGUCAACGUGGCACGCGGCGGCAUCAUCGAUGAGCAGGCUGUUUUGGAGGCUCUUGAGAGUGGCAAAUGCGCUGGCGCAGCAUUUGAUGUCUACCCUGAGGAGCCACCCAAGUCGGAGGUCACCAAAGCACUCAUCAAUCAUCCUAAAGUUGUGGCCACACCUCACUUGGGCGCUAGUACCUCAGAGGCUCAAGUCCGUGUUGCUGUUGAAGUAGCAGAACAAUUUAUUGCCCUCAAUGGCACGUCGCCAAAGUACACAACAUACCUGGGCGUUAUCAACAAGGAAGCCCUCAGCCAUUAUCAGUAAUUCCAAACAAUUUACCCUAUUACUUUUAUGUGCUCGAUUGUGAGAAUAACAUAUAAAUAACUGGGCUAACACGGGAUUGUCCUCGCUCAAAUCCCUGCUGAGCAUAUAAUUAUAUACCGAAAAUAGCGGACUGCGAGGGCCAUAUAACAUCAAUAAUCCAAAAUUGUAGUAAACGAGUUCUAUAAUAAAAUAACGGAUAAAAUUCAA